GUAUAUUAGGUAAAAAACGGUAGUCUGUGUUUUGUAUCGUCAUUUUCUACGUUUGUUUGUCAUACUGUUAGUAGUGUUGAAGGAAGAGGUUUUGAUCCUUCGUCGAAACAAUCAAUUUUGGGGGUGUUUGUGUGUGACGACAACGAUGAUGAUGAUGAUGUCACAUAUCUUCAAGGCUGCUCACGUCACCAGUCAUUCCCGCUCAAUACUGAUGACUAGUUAAUGUUGAACGAGCUUAAUAAAGAGGUGGUAGAUGUGGUUUAGGGUCCGGCAGAAGAGAAGAAGCUGCUACACGCUCCCCUGGUCACGUCUCACCCUUCAAGGACGACAUUUGUAAUAUUUAGACAAUCCAAAUCUUAUUGUUUUUUGUAAUUGUAAGUUGUUGUUCGUCAGAGUGUAAUUAUAACAAUAAAAAGACUCGUUUGAUUUCGCGGUGAUUCACUAAAAAAAAAAAGAGAUACGUUUUUGUAAGUGUAGUUAUGAAUAUUACGUGGUUACGUUUUCUUAAUUAUACGUACAGUAGUUGAGUUUUUGUACCUUAUACUGUGGUCGUAUAUUUUGUAAGGUGGUGGCUGCGUCUUGUAAGUGUUCGUGGUUGCAUUUUUUGUAAGUACGAGGGGGUGGAUGCGCGUUCUUGUAAGCUCCUACCCCCUUAAACUCGCUCAUUUAGUGUGUUCAGACACCUUUGGUAAUAAGGUGACCCCCAUCCCCCCAUAAUACUUACUUCCAAGACGUGAACUCGUCACUCAUUGGUCGGUCCUCUCAGUGAACUUACCGAGCUUGGACUGUAAGAUCAUUGGUUGACUCCUGGUGCUGCUCACUUCAUCGACUCACAAUCGUUGUAGGUCAUAUACAUAUAUAUAUUUACACACACACAUAUAUAUAUUGUAUAGGCUCACUGAUAAAACACUUCCUUUAUAAUCUCUGGUCAUCUUAUUGGCCGACAAAGGGUAUUAUUGAAGUCACAGGCUAAGAAGUCCUUUAUUCAUUAGUGUUUAGGCUCUUUAAUUAUUUAGUAUUUGCGUGUGACAGUUGUGUUGGUGGAGGUUGGUUGAUUGGCGAGUGUGGCGAUGAGUCUUUAGCUCGGCGUCAGUCAGUGACAAGUGGAGGUGCUAUUUAAAUGACAGGUCUCGUGGCGAUCAUUACUUCCCCAUUAGUUCAAAGCUUCGCAUGAUUAAUUGAUGGAGGAGGGUAGAAGGAGGCUGUGAUUUGUCUUGGUUUUUGUUCCCGUGUCUGCGUAAGGACGCGUAUCAUUUGUUUGUUGAGGCUGUUAAACGGCUCAGCUGGUAGGAGUAAGGCCGAGGGCUGCAGGCUGGUUGAAGUGGAUAAACAGCCUCUCUGAAGGAGUAUUGGUGAAGUUGUGUUGGAGGAAGUGUAGCCUCCCAGGGGCGUGAUGAGCCAACCACCACCGGCUCAGCCCCCCCGUCGGGCCGUCCCGAGGGUGUUCCGUCGACAGAACAGCUUCGCCGGUUUCCCCAGUGCUACACUUAGCAUCUUUAAUAACAACAAUAAUAAUAACAAUAACAACAACGGAAGGAACUCCGGUAAAACAGGGUUACCUCCUGCCUCCACUGCAGCGGAGGUAACAUCAGCAGGAUAUACACAACCUAGUCUGGUACCAACUACUGCAGGAGGGACAACUCUUGGGGCAAUUGCUUUUGGCGCUCCUUCUGCUGGGAUACCCACUUGUGGGGCAGCACGCGUAGCGGCGCCCCCUACAUCAGCUCAUGCCUCACUACCAGUAUACCAGCCACCACCGGCAGCCAGUAGACCCGUGUCUGGGUUUUACUCCCUUCCCAGACACAACCGCCCUGGCCACCUCAGCAGGGCCCUGGGUGUGGGGUUCCACUUGUUGGCCAGGACAACCCCACCGGGAUCUUCAGGCCCAACAGCGGCAGAGCAGUUAGGGAUCAACUCCCCGGCACUCCCUAAAUCACACCGGAGAAACUUGAGUGAAGGGAAUACCGGCGAAACCAUCACAUCCCUCCCAAUAACAAUUGGCUCUCUGCCCCGUAGUAAAAGUGGGACGAAAGACGCGAUACCACCGACGACGUCAUCUAGCGUGGGAGAACCAAAGCUCAAAUCAUCGACUAAGCGUAGAGAUGGGGAGGGCAAACCCCGCCGGAGGGACCCUGACUAUCAGUCAUUGCCUCGACGGCCUUCCAAGGAUCAGGCUUCCAAGCGAUCUCCCAAAGACGGAGAUUCUAAGAAUCAGAGCUCGGCGAAAAGACACGACACAGAGCCAAAAUUCCGGUCACUUCCGAGAAGACACGAGGGAGAGGCGAGAUACCAGGCGGUGAGCAGGAAGAGUGAGGGAGAUCCGAAGUACCAGUCGCUGCCGAAGAGACACAAUACAGAGCCCAGGUAUCAAACAUUUCCCAAAAGACGUGAUGCAGAGUCGUCCUCACAUCAUCCAUCGUCCCCUAAGAGACGCAGCACCGAAUCAAGCCAUCAAUCAUCGUCGCCCAAGAGACGCGACGUGGGGCCAGGAGCUCUUCCCUCCUCACCGAAAAAACGAGAUAUGGGGCCAGGUCACCUUCCCGGGUCCCCCAAAAGGCGUGACCCUGAGUGUAGCUUCCAUCAAUCUCUGUCACCAAAGAGGAGGAACACCGCCGACCUCAAGUACCAGCCGCCGCCGCCGCCCCCGAAGAAGUACGAUAUUGAUCCCAAAUACGAAAUGUUGCCCCCGAAGCGACCUGAAGUGGACCUUAAGUAUCAGACCUUCCCCCAGAAGAGACAUGAUCCAGAUCACUCCAGAUACCAACAUGCGGUACCACCCCCAAGGGCGUACGAUAUAGAUCCCAAGUACCAAGCGCUACCCCCAAAGAGAGAAGAACUUGACUUGCGAUACUACCCACUACCACCGCCGAGGUAUGAGGCGGAGGCGAAAUACCAAACCGUGCCCCCAAAGAGACGUGACAUGGAGCAAAGAUACCCCACCGUACCACCUAAGAAAUUUGGCAUCGACUUAAGGUACCAGCCACUCCCACCACCCAAGAGGUAUGAUACCGGCCCCAGGUAUCAGACGAUACCUCCCAAGAGGCACGAUGCUGAUCACCAAAGAUACCAUUACAUCCCUCCACCGAGGCCCGAUAUUGAACCACGGUACCAACACCCUCCACCGAGAAGGUUUGAUAUCGAUCCCAAAUAUCAGCCGUUGCCUCCUAGGAGACCCGAUAUCGAGCCCAAAUACCAGCAGCUUCCACCCAGAAGACCCGAUAUCGAGCCUCGAUACCAACAGGCCCCACCACGGCCGGAUAUCGAACCUAAAUACCAACCACUGCCACCUAGGCCAGAUAUUGAACCGAAAUACACACAGUUACCACUUAGGCGACCAGAUCCUGAUCCCAGAUACCAGCCAUUACCCCCGAGGCCCGAUAUCGAGCCCCGAUACCAGUCGCUACCACCCAGGCCGGAUAUUGAACCCAAAUACCAACCCUUACCACCGAGACCCGAUAUCGAACCUAAAUAUCAACCACUACCGCCAAGGCCCGAUAUUGAACCUAAAUAUCAGCCAUUGCCACCAAGACCCGAUAUUGAGCCCAAGUACCAGCCUUUACCACCAAGACCCGAUAUCGAACCCAAGUACCAACAGCUGCCGCCGAGACAUCCUGACGGGGAGUGCAAGUACCAGCCGCCGCCACCACCCAUACACCCCAACGGAGAGGCCAGGUACCACCCCUCACCCCCUGAGGCUGAGAUGUACCAACAACACCUACCAAGAAGACCCGAUAUUGAGCCCAAGUACCAGCCUUUACCGCCAAGGCCUGAUAUCGAGCCCAAGUAUCAACAGCUGCCGCCGAGGAGACCCGACGGGGAGGCCAAGUAUCAGCCACUUCCUCCAAGACGACCUGAAGUCGAGGCCAAGUAUCAGCCACUUCCUCCAAGACGACCCGAGGUCGAGGCCAAGUAUCAGCCACUUCCUCCAAGACGACCCGAGGUCGAGCCCAAGUAUCAGCCACUUCCUCCAAGACGACCCGACGUCGAGGCCAAGUAUCAGCCACUUCCUCCAAGACGACCCGAGAUCGAGGCCAAGUAUCAGCCACUUCCUCCAAGACGACCCGAGGUCGAGGCCAAGUAUCAGCCACUUCCUCCAAGACGACCUGAAGUCGAGGCCAAAUAUCAGCCACUUCCUCCAAGACGACCUGAAGUCGAGUCCAAGUAUCAGCCACUUCCUCCAAGACGUCCUGAAGUCGAGUCCAAGUAUCAGCCUCUUCCUCCAAGACGACCUGAGGUCGAGGCCAAGUAUCAACCAUUACCUCCAAGACGACCUGAUGGGGAAGGAAAGUAUCAAUCUCUUCCCCCAAGAGGGUCCGACUACGAGUUCCAACCUAUACCUACAAUCAAACAUGAAUCCGAGACCUCAUUCCAGCCACCGGUACCCAUGUAUGACUACGAGUUCCGACCAAUUCCAACAAUAAAACCCAAUUAUGAACAGGUGUAUACACCUAUGCCUCUUAGGAAACCCGAUGGUGAGAGCCACCCUCUGCCUCCUGUCAGUGGCGACUAUCAUCAUGUGGUGCAGAGUCAGCCAAAGCUACAGUCCCUUCCUCCAAGAACCCAUGGAAGUGAUGGAAGUGACGUUCCUUACACGACGGCGCCUCCAAUACCACGCACCACUGAUCUCCUCUAUCAACCCAUACCUCCUAAGGUGUACCAAAGCGACCCGUUGCACCAAGUACAGGUCCCCAAAGUGGUAGGUAACAUACCGCUCUAUGAGAGUAUCCCAGCGAAGUUAACAGGAACUGAGCCAGUUCCCGCCAAGGUGCCAGGGGUUAUACCUCUAUAUGAAGGAAUUCCUCCUAAGAUAAAAAUGCCUGAGCCAUCGUUCCAGCCCAUCCCUCCAACAGUAAGUGAGAGUGACCCUCUGUAUCAUACGAUGCCUUCACCGAUGUCACCUCUGAAGGCUGAUGAAGCCGAACCCUUGUACCAGUCUUCACCACCAAAGAUGAGCGCCAGUGAGCCUCUUUAUCAGUCGUCUCCCGACGCCCUGGAUGCCGAUCCGGUCUACCAGGCUGUGACUCCGCAGAUGAUCCAAGAUGUGAAGUCGAAUUACCAGCUGCUGCAACAAAGGAAACUGGAACAGGAUGCUAAGGCCUUGGCGGGGCCUAAGAGAACUAUCAAGGGAGACAAGUAUCACUCGCCAACAAAACGAACCUUCAGAGAGCGAGACAAUGAAUCAAAAUCUCAGUCUUCAUCGAAAAAAGGCUCUAAAGGUGAGCCCAAGUACCAGUCGCUGCCGAAGAGAAGAGAGAAGGAGAACGACGGUAAAUACCAAUCACUUCCACGUCGAGGAGCCCGACGAGACCCUCCGGCGCCUCCCCAGUUCCGCUGGACGCCUGGGGACGACGACGGAAUAUAUUCAAGUCUGGAAUACCCAAGUGAAGAGGGUCGUAGUGGAGGACCCAGCGAGGAUGAGAUCUACUCCAGCCUGACGACUACUGACGAUCCUGUGUAUCAGAGCGUGAGUGAAGCAUCUUACUCCCGCCCAGUUCCACCUCUGCCAGCACCUCUUAGGUACCGCCGGCGUGUGGACGACGCUCCUCCCCCUCUACCUCCGCCUCGCCUCACCACAGGACCCGUAGGAUCCCACAACCCACUGAUGUCUCCCGGGUCUGUGGUCUCCCCUCCCGUCCUUCCCGCUCGAACUCCUCGAGUAUCGUCAGCCUCUAACCAGAGGAUGUCGUACCCUGGGGGGAGCAGCACCAGCCCCAGCCCUAGCCCGGAGAACCUGUUGACGCAGUCGGCGCCGACCUGGCCACGACAACACCGGCCAGACAACGAGGAAGUUUACUCCUCUAUACCUUCACUGAUCAGCUCCACACCAGAGUCCCCCCCGGCGACUCUGCCUCGGGCGGCACAGAUUGGUCGUGUCGCUCCUUCAGCCUCAUGGAACUCGCUAGGAUCAUCCUGCAGAUCUUCGUGGGAUUCACUAGGAUCCUCGGUGAGAUCUGAAGGUAGCAAUAACGUCCGUCAGCGACGCCGGCGAGCGCGGUCUGACCCCAGGAUGGACGCUGGGGUACUGCACCGCUUGGCCUUCACCAUAUGGCACACAGCCUUACACAUCGAGAAAGAGAACAACAAUGACGCGGCAGUCUCGCAGAAACAGCCAACAAUAAGCAGUAGAAACAGUACCUUUCUUCGGGAGUACCUUGCCCUCAGAGUACCUAUCUCCAAGGAGUACCUUGUCCUCAGAGUACCUAUCUCGAAGGAGUACCUUGUCCUCAGAGUACCUAUCUUCUUGGAGUACCUUGACCUCAGAGUACCUAUCUUCAAGGAGUACCUUGCCCUCAGAGUACCUAUCUUCUUGGAGUACCUUGACCUCAGAGUACCUAUCUUCAAGGAGUACCUUGCCCUCAGAGUACCUAUCUUCUGGGAGUACCUUACCCUCAGAGUACCUAUCUUCUGGGAGUGCCUUGACCUCAGAGUACCUAUCUUUAAGGAGUACCUUGCCCUCUGA